ACUCUGUUCUGUCACUUUUGUCUUUACUCUCUCAGAGAAUCGCUUCAGAGAAAGAAAGAGAGGAAGGAGAAUGGAGAAGGCAUUAACGAAAGUGACGAGCUUUAAAGUGGGAAGUUCAUGGAUCUCAAAGAAAGCUAAAGAAGAGCUCUCAAACAUCACCAAUGACCUCACUACUUUCUCCAGUACUGUUGAAGAGAAAGCAAAAUGGGUUUUCAACAAGCUUAAAGGAAAGCCACUCAAAAGCUUACCAGAUCUCCUCAAAGAAUACAACUUACCACCAGGACUCUUCCCACAAAACAUAAUCUGCUAUGAAUUCGACGAGACAAAGAACAAACUCACUGUCUUCUUCUCUUCACCAUGCGAAGUCACAUUCAAAGACGGAUCAGCGAUAAGAUAUGCGACGCGUGUGAAAGGGAUUUUGCUUCGAGGGAAACUGAUGGGUGUGGAAGGAAUGAAGACAAAAGUGUUGGUUUGGGUUAAAGUCACAACAAUCUCAGUAGAGAGCUCAAAGUCUGACAAGCUCUGGUUCACUGCUGGUGUCAAGAAAUCUCGAUCUAAGGAUGUUUACGACACACCUCAUGAUGCUAUCAAAGUCGUUGGAGAGUUCUAAGGUUUUUUUCUUCUUAAAUGGUUAUUAUCAUAUUUGAUUCAUGAAUUUAUUUGGGUAUUUGGGGUUAUUUGCAUUUUGGGAAGAGGUAUACUUAAAGGGAAUGUGUUUAUAUAACUCUCAUUUUCUUCCUUUAUGCAAGAAAUCACAAAUCUUUAU